CACAUGUGGUUACAUCAUCUCCAGUAUCAUUUUCUUCAGUCCAAUGGGAAAUCUGAACUAUUGGAGUCGUGAGUUUAACUACGGAAUGUCUUUCACUGUGGGCGUGCUCAUUGUACCUGUAAUUGUACUCUUCUUCACCAAACAAUUGAGCAUUCUGUCCUGUACCUUUCUGGGUGGCUACUUGGUUUGUAUCACUGUGGAUGUUUUCCUGGACAGUGGUUUUAAGAACAUCAUUCUGAACUCUGUGAGACAUGCUGUAGACUCGGAAUACCUGUCUGUAACAGUGACAGGGCCCUAUCUUAUCGCAGAUAUGGGACUGACAUUCCUGUGGGGUUUUUUAUUCAUUGGAGGGUCAAUAUUUCAGUUACUAAGAGAACGAGGCAAACCCGAUUUUCCAGAAUCCACGAGGAGAAAUCGCAGAAGACAAGAUUUGGAGAUAGAGGAAGAACGCCAGUCAUUACUAGGGAAAGAUCAUCCCACACUUUAUGGUGUUUCUGGCCAAACAACGGUCAACACAGCCAGGACUGAAAUGACCCCACCCAUAGUGUCCAGCUAGCUGAAAGAUUAAAUUAUGUCAACUUACAUUGUUUAAUCUUUUCUAAAAUUUCUGAAUAUUUGCUAUGUCAGCAUUAAUUCCAUUAUCUCAUGGGAACUGAAUGUUUGUACAAUUUUCCUGAAACAAAAAUGUGGUCAAUCAACAUUUAGGAUUUGUGCCAUCGGACAGUGUGUAGUUUUCCUGUAAACUGUUCAGAUAGUAUCAGCCAAUUUAUGAAUCUCUACCUGAUGUGUAGUUUAAAGCCACAUACUCCCAAACAACCUAAAAUUCUAGUUGCACACAUGUAUUAAUGGCAAUCCAAGAUGCUCAUUCACUCUCUCUUAACAUUUAAAUGACCCGGACAGAAGCUUGACCGGGGGAGUCCUUGAGACAUCUUAUUAAUAUAAAAUUUUUGGCAGAAUCUGUCUGCGUUUUCGCAGGUCCACACUUUCAGUGUUCCGCCAUUUUGUAUGGACUGUUAUUCCCCAUAAACUUUCAUAGAUACACAUUUUCUUUCAGUUUCUGAUUCACGAUAAUCUGUCUGUUAGGCAUGUAUAAAGUCCGAAAACUGUAAAAAGCUCAAAAUGUAAACAUUGAUAUGUUUCUUCGUAAGUAUGUGGCUUUAAAGGCUCUCUAGGUUAAUAUAUAUAAUUUGACAAAAUGUGUUAAAUGAUAGAAUAUAUACCCUAAUGGUGAUAUCAUGUGAGAACUAAUACUGUAGUUCUUCAAAAUUGCAAUUAAAACCAGGAAGCUACCAACCGAUUACACGAAAUUAACGAUACAGUUCUCUACUCUGUAUACGGAAAAUGUGUCAUGCAUGUACAAACUGGUUUGUUUUGAAGAAUGCUGGAUGGCGAUCAAAGUCAUGCAUCAGAAGCUCAAAGUUGGAUCAGGCGUACUGGUUGAUAUCGUGAAGGUAUAGGAAAGUAUUGGGUAAAAUCACAACCUCAUCUGCAACUUACAGAGUCAGUCUGUUAGUCAAACAUAAAAGAUGGAUUAAAUGUGAAAUGCCACCAUGAAUUGACAGUAAAACUUCUCGGCAUUGGAUAAACAACAUAUUCUAUUUUAAGAUGUUUAUUACAUACUUUACUUAUGAAAUGUUGACGUAGCUGAACAGAUUUGAAGGGAAUUAUAUGAAUGUAAUUCCAGAAGGGAUUAUGAAGUUUAGCUUGUUAUAUAUAUAUAUAUAUCUAUAAACAAAAACGCUUUCCAUGUCUCGGCAGAGUAUUUUUAUCUGCCUGUAUUUCUAGGUUAUAUGUCUUUAACAGAACAUCACUGAAAUAUCUGUACAUGUGUUUUGUUAGUAACAGUGAUGACGUUUCCAAACUCUCUUUAAUGUUUAAUUUCUAUUUAAUACAAGACAAGCAGUAUUUUUUCACAAAGUCCUGUGCAUAAGAUUUGGUUAAAUAAAAUUAAUUACUUGGUUCUAGGCCAUUUUGUUCUAAAAAGAGAUGAGGGAAGAAGUUGAUUUUUUUUUUAUCAUUUUAAUUGUGAAAAAAGUUGAGAGCAUAUUUUGUUUUUUUUUGUUUUUUGUUUUUCCAACCAAUCAUUGUCCAUUUUCAUAUCAAUUGCUUAAAAGUUGGGGAGGGGGUUGUGAUUUAUCAUGGUUCUUUUGUCUUUGUUACACAUCAGUGAACAUGUGCUCUGAUUUUAUGGUUAAACAUAAUGGCUAUCACAGGAGAAAGGUUUGUUGGUGAUGUUUUUUUUUUACAUAUUUUUCUCCCAAAGAAUGAUGACGGAUAUUGUUUUUAAACUUCUACUUUACCCGGAAAAUGAUAUGAAAUGAGAAUUACUUCAAAGCAUGUGAACCAAGUAAUUAUUUUGUUUUGGCCUUAUAUUUAUUAUUUAUUCAUUAUAUACACAUACUUGUUGGGUGUGAAUUUGAGAAUUUACCUGUUGUAUCCUGGUUGAGCACAAACCUUACAUUGUGUAUCCAAAAUUCACCUCAACAUAGCAAAAUAAUGUCCUUAUUUACCAGAAAAUAAAUACUCUAUGUUAUUUUAUUGUGUUUCAUUAGAUAACAUAAUAGAAUUCUACAAACUCUUAUAAGAGAGUCAAUUAAGAUAUUCUCUUCUCCCAUACUUCACAGAGGAAUCUCCAUUUUUGGUACUAGGGAACUUUAACGGGGUUAGGAAAAAGACUGCUGUCACCAAUGACAUAAUACCUCUGGUAAUUGAAUUGUUGACAUGAUGUCACGUUAUUGUUUCAUGUCACAUUCUAUGGUCCACAGAAUAAAUCCAUGUGUGACUCUUUGUCUCACAUCCUUACAAAUAAAACUUUGGAAGUUGUAGUCCUGAACUAUCAUCAGUCCAUAAAACAUGUGUUGAAAUGAUGCCACAAUCCAUUUUCACCAUGGUUACUAGACAUGAAAUGAUGCCACUAUCCAUUUUCACCAUGGUUACUUGACAUGAAAUGAUGCCACUAUCCAUUUUCACCAUGGUUAUUUGACAUGAAAUGAUGCCACUAUCCAUUUUCACCAUGGUUAUUUGACAUGAAAUGAUGCCACUAUCCAUUUUCACCAUGGUUACUAGACAUGAAAUGAUGAUAUGGCUCAACUGUGACCCUACUAUGAGUAGCAUUAUAGCAUAUGUGCCAGUUGUCUUUCAAUUCUCCAUGCAAGAUAGAGUAAUAUCUUCCCUUGCAAAAAUGGGAUCACAAAGUGAAGUAUGUGAGAAAUGUCUAGCUAGUACCUACAUACGGUAUACGUGUAACUGAUUAUAUGAUACAGGGUCAGAAGUGUUACGUCUUGUUGUCGUAAAGCCUUAAUGUAAUUCCUAUGCAAGACAUUUUGAUUUGUAAUUAUAAAAUGUGUAUUUCCUUGUUUAAAAUUUGUUGUAUACCUGCUAAGUUGACAUUUUUCACCAGAUAAGGGCUUCAGUUUUACAUAUACUCUCCAUAUAUUAGAUUAAUACUGAGUUGUUCCUUGCUAACCCACCUAGUCCUUAUUAUUGGGUAACAUGAGAGGAAAAAUACAAUGACUAGACUAGAAUUUGAACCAGGAACCUCUGAACUCUUAACAGAUGAUCAAAUCAUUUCA